CUGCAACGUGAAACGAUCACCCGAAGAGUCCUGAAUCAAGUGUUGUGUCGCGGGAUCCGAGGUCAGCUGUCAUAGACGUCGACAAGUGCAGCUACAAUUGCCCGACGCUGUCGGUGGUCUUGCGACAUGCGAUGGCAUUCUAGGUAUCUUCUGCCUGGACAAUGCUCACAAAUUCUGAAGCCUCUCGUAUGAGCAGCUCUCGGGAUUUACCACUGUAUCACUCAAUCAAGAAGGGUCGCUUUGGUAUACACCGCCUUGCGGCCUCAUGCAGAAGGCCGGGCUAUUGAGGGGCGCCAUAUCAAGCCCCAGCCACUCUGGCUGACAUGCAUAUAUUGAUCGUCGGGCACCAACAAACAUAUAGCGCCUGUAUCCAUCGAUCCAAAUCUUGUCGCAAACAUCCAUAAGUCCCAAAUGUCGACCACACACAAUCAAGCAGGUCCGAAGUCAUCGAAUCCGAACAUCGAAGCUCUUCUCUAUGAGCCAUCGAAUAGAACAUGGAAAAUUGUGGAAAUACCUCUACUUGACCUGCUAAGGGACCAUCAAGUAUCGACAUGUAUAAUAUUCUCAAGUAUACAGCAUUUCCUGAAUGAUCCUGUAUUACGACAAGAGCUAUGCAAGCACUUCCCGAAUAUACCGAGAAUGUUCUGGUCAAAGACAUGCGUUCAACACAAUGGGUUCUUCGGAGCAAAGACUUCGAUUGCCUCCAGCACAUCUGGUACCACUUCUCCAAACGGUAUAUCGCCCUUGAGCGUACAGACUUGGUUUCGCAUGAUCGUCAAAUCCAUCAAGCCAACGCCCAAAAAUAUCGACUUUACGCAAUAUCAAUGGUACGAGAUGUCAUUCGUCUCUGCGUUUAGUGAGGAUCGCAACUUGCUAUUGUGUCUUGACACACCUCGGUCUCUGGUCUACACCUUACUGGAUAUAGUCUCGGAAGAAGAAAACAAAGAUAUCAUCACUGGACCUUAUGGCUUCCAUCAAGUCCUACUUGAGCAACUCAUGGUAUUAUACGAUGAAAGCGUCUGGGAUAUCGCAUUUAUCAUGCGCAACAACGAGAAGAGUAAAGGACCCAUGGGCAAUACGGAUCUUCACUACUUCAUCAAAUUAUACGAAGAUUCGCGACACACGGUACACUCGAUUGAAGCAACGCAGGAGGCGACAAAGGUUUUCGAAUGCAUUGCUAGCCAAUGUGCAUCUCUCACUUGCCAACCUACCACACAUCGGGAGCUUCUCUCCGCAAGAUCUGAAAUGUUCAAAUUUCAGCAUUCCAUGAUGCGAGGCUUUCUAGCUCGAGCAGUAUCAAAUGACAGACGCAUGGGAAAUGAGCAGAACUUGACUUCCAAUCUGAUGUCACAACUUGACGCCAAAACGAAUGUGGAUAUAGCCAUGGCUACCAAAGAUGAUGGAGUGGCAAUGAAGACAAUCGCAAUCGUGACCAUGACAUUUCUGCCAGCAACAUUCGUCUCCGCUUUGCUAGGCAUGAACUUCUUCGCGUACGAUCCCGACGCGCAUGGCGGCCACAUAACCUAUUCUCAUGAUCUGUGGAUGUACUUUGUCAUCUCGAUUGUCUUGACAUUGAUAUUGUUCGCGAUUUGGUGGGUGUGGCAGCAGUAUAGGAAGAAAUGGAUGGCAAGUUCGCGGUUGGAAGAUGCUAAUGCUAUGGAGCAUGCGUUUUCCGUGCUCCAAAAGCCAUAGGCAGACAAUCUCAAUCUGCUUGGCUUUGAGUUGCGGCUGCUAAAGGACACGGGUCAGUGAACCUGGAUCGCCUUUUGCAGCUGUAGCUUUGCCUUGGAAGAAGUAUUACCCGUAUCAAAUCCAGCGCUUUUGCUCUUCAUCCCAUUCCUUGCCAGCGGUUUCCCUUUCUGCGUCCUCGACCAAUGGUCUAAUUUCUUCAA